AUGGGAGGUAAUACCUUGUCCCGUGAGGGGCAGCAAGCUCCCGCCCAACAGCACGAUCAACCCUCAGUACCUCUGCAGAACGGUCACGAUGGAAAUGUUGCCGGAGAUGCCAACAUUCUGCCUACGACGAAGGUACCUGCUCUGGAUACUAUCGACCAGUAUGCUCUCGAGACCCCUCUUUCCCGUCACUCUUCCCGGGUGAGCAGCUCCACGCGUCUGUCAUAUACCGCAGACAUUUCCAGCAUUGCGGACGACGUCGUAAAAGGCUAUGCGUCCUUUAUAUCCGAGUUUACUGGUCUCGAUGACCUUGCCUUCUCGAUCACAAGUACCGACAGUCCCUGGCAAACCGGUGCCAGGUGCGGGGUAAUCUGCGCGUCUUUUUCAAGACCAGAUUCUGAAGAAGCUGGUUCUUCAGACUCUCAGCUCCCGGAAAAGCUCCAGGAGCUCGAAUUUGCCUCCUAUAAUGAAGAUGAGAUCCAAUUUGCUUUGCUCUUAGCGUCUGGCGUUCGACCUGAGAAUGGCGAGCAGCAAGCGGACACUGGUUCUAAAGAUACAUUCGUUUUGGCAGUUCAGCCGGAGGAGACAAAGAACGAGUUGCAAAUUUCUAUCUCAUGCUCCGGACGAUUGAUUCCCGAAGGCUCACUCAACCAGAUAUUGAAGACGGUCAGCUCUUGCCUAGUGAGGGCAUCCAGUCACCUCCAGCUGCUAGCUUCUGAAGAUGAAAGCGCUUCUCCGGAGCUCUCGAUUAUCAACUACCCUCCUCUCAUGAAACCCCCACCAUUGGAACACGAACGUGAUGAGCCCAUUCCGGACUCUUCUCUGCUUCAUGGGGCCUUCGAGCGCUGGGCUCGCAGGGAUCCUGGAGCCGUGGCUCUAGAUUUCAUACAAUCACUUCCAUCAUCUACAUCCCCAGCGGAACAUAGCGUUCUCACAUAUGCCGCCCUAAACGCUGCCGCGACGAACUUGGCAGUUCAUCUCCGCGGGUUACUGUCACGCCAUGACUCAGUGGCGAACUGGCACCGCAUUAUUCCUGUAUACAUGUCGACUUCACCUGAACUGUAUAUUUCAUAUCUCGGCAUCCUGAAAGCUGGCUAUGCUUUCUCGCCAAUUCCGCAAGAUGCACCGGAUCAGCGAGUGCGGGAGAUAUUGGGAGACAUUGGCUCCCCUGUGAUCUUAGGCAGGACUCCUGAGCCUUCCUCGGGCCCAUGGUAUGAAAAUUUGGGACAUUGCAACAACGGAUCAAGGCCAGCUUGGAUUGAUGUGGCAGAGAUCACAAGAUGGAAAGAGCUGAGCCAAAUGUCUCUGACGGAGCUGCAAGCAAGAAGUCCUACCGAUCUCCCCCGAUCCUCUGAAUUUGGAGAAGACAGCGUUGCCUACCUCCUUUUCACGAGUGGUUCGACCGGUAAACCUAAGGGAGUGCAAGUUAGCCAUCUCUCAGCAACCUGUUCUAUCAACGCUCAUGCGACCUCUAUUCCUCUCCCUCGAGACCCAAAUGGGAGAUUCCGCUGGUUUCAAUUUGCCUCUCCGACAUUCGACCCAUCCCUGAUGGAGAUAUUUGUGACUCUCAGUUCGGGUGCUGCUCUCUGUUCAGCAUAUCGACAUCUCACUUUGACCGACCUCGAAACUACCGUAAAUGAAGCUAGGGCCACAGUGAUGAUGGCCACGCCAAGUUUGGCAGCGCUGCUGCGGCCCUCACGCCUUCAGACGCUCGAAUACCUUUGGACUAUGGGAGAGAAACUCAAUCGCACUGUUAUUGAGAAUUUCGCUUCCAAGGGGCUUCCUUCUGAUGUAACAGAUGAAAAGCGACCCUCGCGAAUGCUCGUUAACGCGUAUGGUCCAACAGAAGGUGCUAUUAACUGUACCUUCCUAGCUCCAGUUGAACGUUCAGUGCGUGGAUCGAUCAUCGGUGAAGCCUUGUCCACUUGUACAAUGCUCGUAUUAGAUCCCUAUUCUCGAGUGCCAAAGGCUGUCCCUGCGGGUAUGGCCGGUGAACUAGCUAUUGCAGGCCCUCAGGUCAGCAAGGGGUACUUGAACCGUCCGAAGGAGACGGCCAAGUCAUUCGUGCAUAGUUCAGAAUUUGGCCCGGUCUACCGAACUGGAGAUAUGGCCCGUAUCGUCUGGGAUGAGAAGGGUCGUCAGUUAUUCGAGUUCCUCGGCCGUAUUAGCUCCGAUCAAGUCAAGAUCAGUGGUCGAAGACUAGAGUUGGGAGAGAUAGAGUCUGUUCUCGCGACUGUCAACAAUGUUAAGGAAGUUGUAGCUGUGCUCUUGCAGAGAGAUCCAGCGCAGCAAGGAAGCGAGCAAAUUGUCGCUUGUAUUGUCCCAAGUGAGGAGACUGAGGCUGUCAAAGACCAAAUUCUCAAGGACGCUCACGAAAGUACCCAUAGGCAUCUGGCCUCGUACAUGUGCCCGUCGUCUUAUGCUUUCUACGACGCCCUACCUCGUUCAAGCUCUGGAAAGGUGGAUAGAAAGACUCUCUUGGCGAGGUUACAGCAAGCCCUGAAAGACGGAGUCAAGUUCGCAGCUGGAUCUGAGACCCCAGCUACAAACGAAGUGCAUAAUGAAGAUGAGCCCGAUGACUCCCAAGUCGAUGAUCUGGCAUUGCAGCAGCUUGUCUUCCAGUCUCUCGCUGACACUGCAAAUGAACCCCUGACCGCUAUCCAAUCUUCAGUCAGUCUUUAUUCUCUCGGCAUAGACAGUUUAGGAGCGAUGCGGUUCCUCCAGAGGCUGAGGGAUAAUGGCAUUGACGGCUUGUCAGUCAGUGAUGUGCUUCGCGCAGGAACCCCCGGAAGGCUGGUCUCCACGAUCUUUCAACAACGUCAGAAGAGCUCCAGUCAGCUGCCCAAUGGUUCCCAGUCAGCUGAGUUCCGCGUAGUGUCUCUUCAAGAGCAACUGCUGGCUUUUGACGAGCGAAACCGCCAACUUUGUGCAGAGAGACUACAUGUAGAUGCGCAGGCCAUUGAAAAGGUGCUACCAACUACAGCAACUCAAUCCGGUAUGCUGGCCAGCUUUAUUCGCAGUUCAUCAGAAGCAACACGUUCGAAGCGAUCAUAUAUCUACCACUCAGUCAUUCGCCUUGAAUCGGGUGUCGAUAUCGAACGGUUGAAAGCCGCCUGGAAUACUGUUAUAGCCAGCUAUGAUUCCUUCCGCACCGUUUUCUGCAUGUUGGAUGACGAGAUGGCGCCGUUCGCUCAGUGUAUUAUAGCACCUUCUUCUGCACCAAAAUCUCAAUGGAAGACAUACGGUGACUCCAAGCAGGAGAACUCCAGUGCAGGACCACUGGACACUGCUCUUCGCGAAAGUGAGGAGUCCAUCUCAUUAGAACGCCAUCCCUGGAAUAUCUCUCUGGUGGCAGGAACCAACCAGACGGCUGUUAUUUUGAGCAUGUUCCACGGUAUCUUCGAUGGUGGCUCUCUUCAACUUCUCCUAGAAGACGUUACUUCUGAAUAUCAGGGCAAUUCUCGCAGUCAUCGGACCUCUAUAGAGCAUAUUGUGAAGCACCAUUAUCUGGCCGAUCAGGAGGAGACGUUGAACUUCUGGAAGAGUCACCUGGAAAACUAUUCUCCUGUUCAAUUUCCUUCCGUCACACCUUAUAGACCAUCAUCUGCCAAGGGUGUCUCUGACGCGGUAGAGAUCACUGCUCGCACGAGCUAUGACUGCCUGCGAACGCAAUCGAAGAUCAUAGGCUCCACACCGCUCUCUGUACUUCAGGCUGCUUGGGGUUCGAUCCUUCUCGCCUACACUGGGUCUCAGGAACAAGAUAUCGUUUUCGGAAGUGUGGUGUCUGGUAGGCUUGACACUGAAUCCGAAGCAUGCGUUGGGCCCACCUUCACCACGGUGCCAUUUAGGCUUGCACCAGGUCGGGUGAGCAGUGGUCAAGGGAACGGCAGUCAUACAAACAAGACUCUUACCAACCACCUGGCUUCCUUGAAUGCGGAGACGUUGCCAUAUCUUCAGCCACGAUUGGGAUCGUUGAUCACUGCAGACGGCCGGCUACCUUAUGAUACCCUUCUGGCCUGGCAAGACUUCGGUGCCGGGACCCGUGCGAGCAGUCUCUGGACGUCCGUAGAGCAUCCACCUAUGGCGAACGAUUUCGCCGUCAUGGUCGAGGUGUGGCCUGACACGAAUGGCGCGCUGACCCUGCGAGCCACUUACAAUGAUAUACAGCUCGACAGGGCUGCUGCACAGCUGAUGCUUCAGCAGAUGAGCGAUAUCAUAGCUUUCAUCCUUGACUCUCCCGACGAAACCUUCGAACAUGGCCUUACCAGCACUAGCUCUAGCUUGAAGUCGUCCUGGAAUCCAGAGCCGGUGUACCUUGAGGAGCCGCUAAACAAGACUCUUCUGCAUACUCAAUUUGAAGAUCAUGCGAAGGAUCAUCCCGAAGAUGUCGCUUUGAUUUUCAAAGGAGACCUUGAACGCGACGACAGCCCUCUUAACAUCACAUGGACUUACAGUGAACUCAACCGCAGAGCUGAUGCUUUGGCGCACUACCUUGUCGACCGCUAUGGUUCAUUUGCCAACUCUCCCAUCCCUAUCUGUAUCACCAAGAGCCCAGCAAUGUAUGUCGCCAUUCUCGGAAUUCUCAAGGCAGGAAGUGCAUGGUGUCCCAUUGAUACCUUUUCUCCCGCGCAGCGUCGGCACGAUCUCAUUGCUCGCACUGGCGCAAGAAUACUUCUAGUCUCUAGCCCUGACGGAGAACAACCAAAGGAUGCCAUCCCGGACGGCGUCGACGUCGUAGAUAUCAGUGCCUUCGCCAACAGUACGCCAACUUACACAAAUGGGUUCACAGGCGAUGAUGCAGCCUCAAAGGCAGGUCCUAACGACAUGGCGUAUUUGAUCUGGACUAGCGGCACCACUGGCGCACCAAAGGGAGUUCCAAUCAAGCAUUCUGCGGCUGUUUCGAGUAUGAGAUCUCUUCAGAAAGAUAUUCCCGCGGACGUCCCGGGAGGCGUGCGUUGCUUGCAGUUCUCACAGUACACCUUUGACGUCUCAAUACAAGAUAUCUUCUACACUUGGGGCGUAGGAGGUGUUUUGAUAUCUGCCACUCGAGAAAUUAUGCUUGGAUCAUUCGCAAAGCUUGCCAAUACUACCCAGGCGACACAUGCACAUUUGACGCCUGCAUUCUCUGCCGGCAUUCCCCGAAAGAGCUGUGAAACUCUGAAAGUCAUCACCAUGAUCGGUGAGAAGCUCACCCAGCCUGUUGCUGAUGAUUGGGGUUACGACAUGCGAGCUUUCAACACCUAUGGUCCCGCCGAAGUCACUGUCGUCUCGACAGUCCGCGAGUUCGGCAACGAACACCGAAACCUCAAGAGUGCUAACAUCGGAUGGCCGCUGGAAACCGUUUCUGUCUUUGUGAUGAAAGAUCAGAAAGUCGUCAUGAAAAACGCAGUUGGUGAACUAGCGCUCGGGGGUCCACAGCUGUCUGAUGGAUAUCUCAAUCAGGAAGAGACGACAAAAAAAAGGUAUAUCUGGAACGAAGAGACCGGUCAGAGACUCUAUUACACGGGUGAUCUCGUUCGCAUGCUUUCUGAUGGCUCUCUGGAAUAUAUGACUCGUGUCGACGACCUGGUCAAGCUGGGCGGUAUCCGUGUUGAACUGAGCGAGAUCAGCUUCUCGCUUGGUGGUUGCCAUCCACUCGUCGAACAAGUCGAAACUAUGAUCCUCAGCCGCCCAGACCGACCAACAAAGGUAGUCGUUGCUUUCCUAUCUGCACCUGAGGCCGUCUCAGGCGAAGCUGGCGAUGGGCUCGUUCUUUCCAAUGACAAAGCAGUUGGCAUUGCUCGUGCUGCUAUCGACCAGGCACGAUCUGUUUUGCCAGACCACAUGCUUCCUUCGGUUUAUGUGGUUGUCAAGAACAUCCCCAAGACGCAGUCUGCAAAGAUCGACCGUGUUGCGCUUCAGAAAUCUUAUGCUUCAGUCGAUAUUGAAGCAUGGGAAAGCAAAGUCGACCCAUCUGUCAAUGGCGAGGUCCAACAGAAUGGAACUUCCGAAGAACAUGUCAUAGUCGAUAUUAUUUCUUCACUAGCUGGAAUCUCUGCCAAGGGUAUCAAGAAAUCGAACAGACUGGCGUCUCUCGGCAUCGAUUCGAUUCGCGCUAUCAGGCUUGCAUCCAGACUGAACCAGUCGGGUUAUCGAAUCUCCGUGAUAGACGUCCUCCAAUGCUUCACUGUGCAGGAUCUCAUCUCUCUCGCUACAGCGUCCUCUAAGAACCAGUCGUCAGCCAACCGUUUCAACAUUGACGAAUUCGAACAGAGAUGGCACGACUCUGUCAUGACCAAAGUCAGCGAGGACUUCUCCGUUGUUCGUGCAUCUCCUAUUCAGGAAGGUUUGCUUAGUGAGACAAUGGGAGUGUAUAAUAUGUAUUGGAGCAACCACUUCUUCUCACUUGAUAAAGACGUCGACUUAGGGCGACUGAAGCAGGCGUGGCUAUACUCCGCCCAAGAAAACCAGGCGCUGCGCGGAGGAUUCAUCCCGAUUGCUGAACUUGAAGUGGACAACGCUGCUGAAUUAGGCUUCUCGGUCUUGCAGCUGAUAUACAGCCAGCCAAGUCUAGACUGGAAGGUCUGUCAAUGCACGUCGGACGAUUCCCUGCAGGUCUUGCAGAAGAGGAUAAACGGUGUCAUGGCCAAGCACCAAGCAAACUAUUUCCGCUACCCGCCUUGGGCAGUGACAAUCUUAGAUAAAGAUGGCGAGAUGAUUAUGGUCUUCACAGUCCACCACUCAAUUCACGACGGCCCGUCACUUGAAUACAUUGCGGAAGAUGUGCGCUCAGCAUACAACAAUCCUAAUUUGACACCGCCCGUAAGGCACCAGCUGCUCGAUGCGCUCGCGAUUGUCCUCCCAAACUCAGACAAGGAUGCUGAGAAUCUUCACUUCUGGACAAGGGAGCUGGAAGAGUUCGCUGACCCAGAGGGACCGGCUUGGCCCGAUUUGACUGGAAAGAGAAAUGCAGCCGAUCCCUCUCGACGUCGUAGAUUCAUCGCAGAGGAAAUCACUCUUGGUGUUUCUGCGUCCAAGUUACAGUCUGCUGCAGUUCAAUUCGGCGUCUCUUCAAUUGCCUCCAUUAUUCGUGCAGCUUGGGGCUGUGUCUCAUUGAAUUACUUGGGAGCUCCAGCAACGGUAUUCGGCGAGACGCUGUCAGAUCGUGUUUUAGACUCGACUCUCCAAGAUGUCAUUGGGCCCUUAAUAUCAGUUGUGCCUGUUCCCUUCCGUCCCAGAGGCACCGUUCGGGAGUUCUUAGCUGAGCAGCAGCGGCUGUCGGCUGAAACGUGGAAGCAUCGUCAUAUCCAUGCUCGGACUGUCCAGAAGCUCCUGAUGCGCUCUAGAGGCCAGACAUUAUACCCUGGACUCUUCACCUUCCACCCUGUCUCCGAUGGUCGCGACACGAAGGCUGAUGGACCGUCCCUCUGGUCAGAGCUCGAGGAUCAGAUCGGUCUAGAUGUGGAACAUCCGAUGGCACUCAAUGUCACACAAAACGAUGCCGGUGAACUCAUUCUGAGUGCAUCUUCUGAGGAUGCGGUGAUGAGCUCCGAGCACUUGUCGUUAUUCGUCCGUCAAGUUGAUGCUCUCGUCAGUGUCAUGCUAUCUCAUCCGGAUGAGGAAGUUCUGGAGAUCGUCAACCACUUGCCUACCCACAUGCUGUCAAUAAGUAACCCCAAGAUCAGUCCAGAAGUCGCAGACUCAGUGACUAAGAGUCCUACCUUCUGGCUGGAGAAGUGGGCCGGAGAGCACCCGGAAUGGACCGCAGUAGAGAUCGCCAGUGAAAUCACAGAAGCCAAGGUCGAGAAGGAAUCUAUGAGCUUUGGUGAGCUGAAUGCUGCGGCUAACCGUGUCGCUGCAUAUAUUGCAGCAGCCGGCGUGAAGAAACGGAUGGUUGCACUCUGCUCUGGGCGCACUCUUGCUUCCUAUCCGAUCAUCGCGGGUAUCUUCAAAUCGGGCAAUACGUACCUCCCUAUCGACGAAGCACUUCCUGAUGACCGCAAGGCAUUCUUGAUCGAAGAUGGAAACUGUGCGUUUGUCUUCACCGAGUCUAGCCUUGUCGACACAUUCUCCGGUGCCCCUGAUAGCUGCAAGGUGAUUUGCAUUGACGAUCCAGCCUUCCAAAACACUCUAGAAGGUUAUUCCCCGGAGAAUUUUGAGUCCCAGGCAGAGCCAGACGAUAUCUCCUAUCUCCUUUACACAUCUGGUUCGACAGGCAAGCCCAAGGGUGUUCUGGUGACUAGAGGUAACCUCUCCUCAUUCGUGGAGAGUCAAUCAGAAUUCAUCUGUCGUCAUGCUCCGGCAACACUCAAGCUCGCUGGCGCUGGUAAAUAUCUGGCACUUGCCAGCAGAGCUUUCGAUGUCCAUCUUGCAGAGAUCUACCUCGCCUGGCGCCAUGGCUUGGCGACAGUAACGGGUCCCCGAUCGAUGCUGAUGGACGAUCUCCAUUUGGCUCUCACCAAGUUGGACAUUACCCAUGCUAGCUUUGUCCCGUCGCUCCUCGAUCAAGCCAACCUCAUCCCAGAUCAGUGUCCGAAGUUGAAGUAUCUGAGUGUGGGAGGUGAGAAGAUCUCAAAGAGAGUGGUCGACACAUGGGGCGCCUCCACCAGCGUGGCCCUGGUCAACGCCUAUGGACCAACAGAAGUGACUAUCGGCUGUAGCUCAGCACUUGUCACGCCAGAGACCAAUUUGAGGAAUAUAGGAAAGCCCCUCGGGUCUUGCGUAGCUCACGUGUUGAUUCCCGGGACUGAGAUUUAUGCUCUUCGUGGCCAAACAGGAGAGCUUUGUUUCACCGGAGAUCUGGUCGCAAGAGGCUAUCUCAACAGACCUGAUGCCAAGGGAUUUAUCGAUGACUUCCACGGCACUCGGCUCUACAGGACGGGUGAUAUCGUCCGCUUAAUGGCCGAUGACUCCAUCGAAUAUCUCGGUCGUGGCGAUGAUCAAACCAAAAUCAGAGGACAGCGACUGGAACUCGGAGAAGUCUCAGAAGUCAUCAGGUCCUCGUCCGAAGUCAAGCUCGAUGUUGUCACUAUGCUCGUCCAACAUCCAAGCCUCUCCAGAGUACAAUUAGGCUCGUUCAUCGCACGAGCAGAGGACAGGCCGCGUGGAAAAGGUCACACUGUUUCCUUCUUGGAGUCCGAGUUCCGGACAACAGGUCAAGAGCUUCGGUCCGCAUGUCAAAAGAAGCUCCCUGCGUAUAUGGUGCCCGAACUCGUUAUCCCCGUGAACUUUAUCCCGCUGGCACCAAUGUCUGGUAAGGCGGAUGUGAAACAACUCCAGGCUCUAUUGGCGGGAAUUCCGUUGUCGAAUCUCCUGCAGACAAAUGGCGGACCGUCACUAUCUUCUAAUACUGCACCGAGUCGUCCCCUGACCAGCAACGAAGAAGAGGUGGUCAAGGCAAUCCUAAGUGUCAUCUCCACGGAUGCCUCGAUUAUCAGUCAUGCAACGAACAUCUUUGAAAUCGGCCUCGACAGUUUGAGUGCUAUCAGUCUGUCGGUCAAGCUGAGGAACAUUGGCUAUGAAGCAACCGUCGCAUCCGUGAUGAGCAACCCCAUAGUUGAACAACUUGCUCAACUGCCUAGGUCUUCAGGUGCAGCGACCGAUGCCACAAGCGAGGAGACUCGAAACAGAUUCCGCGAAUUAGAAAUCUAUGUCCGUGAGAACCCUGCAGAUGGCGUCGAUGCAGCAACGAUAUUUGCUGUUAGACCCUGUCUCCCCCUCCAAGAGGGACUGGUGGCACGUUCCAUGAACAGCGAGGGUGUGCAGCUAUACGUCAACCACAUCAUGCUGGAGUUGUCCGGAAGCAUAAACUCGGACAGAUUGAAAAAUGCCUGGGAAGAAGCUGCAAAAGACAACGAAAUCCUUCGAACUGCAUUCGUCCCGACGCCGUCAGGCAUCGUUCAAAUGGUCCUCGCCAAAAGUGAAUACAAGUUACCUUGGGACGUAAAAGAAGUUGAUGACACAGAGCUGCCGUGGUUGAGCUCUCAAGAUCAACAAGAAGAACUCGCAAAGGAUAUCAUCAACCGUAUUUCCUCAAUCCCACCACUUCGUUUCCGGUUGGCAAAGUCCACAGGACCCCAGCAACGACUACUCCUGUCCAUCGCUAUCCACCACUCUCUUUAUGAUGGAGAGUCGCUUUCCAUGUUACUGGAUGAGGUUGCAGCGCGGUACAAAGAAAUCGAUGUCCCCAAGAGAGGUUCUGCUGCCGCUUUCGUGGAGUAUGUCCAUUCUCAAGACAUCGAAAGGUCCAAAGUCCAUUGGACACAGUUUCUUGAGGGCUGCGAUCCUACCACUUUCAGAGCCAGCCAAGACGAUGUAUUGGAGCAGCCAACAGUCGUGCAUCGAACUCUCGGGUUCAAGCUCUCUGCACUGGAAGCGCGCGCAUCAAGUCUGCGGACAACGGCACAAUCUCUGGUACAAGCAAUCUUUGCGCUACUCCUUGCGGACACUGUGGGCAAAGGAGAUGUCACGUAUGGAGCGGUCCUUUCAGGAAGAGCUGUCCCAGUUCCCGGAGCUGAUUCCGUGCUCCUCCCUUGUAUUACGACGGUGCCUGGUCGACUAAACACUGACGGUCUUACAACCGUCAAAGAGGUUAUAAAGGCCGUUCAGGAAUCAGCUGUGAAGUCGCUGGAAUACCAACACACCUCUUUGCGACUCAUACAACGCUGGGUUGAUUCUGAGAGGCCUCUUUUCGAUUGUCUCUUCUCGUACAUUCGGAGCACGAAGCCUCGGGAUCAUGGUCUAUGGAAAGAACUAGACAGCCAGAUGGCUGCUGACUAUCCUUUUGCUCUUGAAGUCGAAGCGGACAAUGCAAACGACCUCAUGUACACCCACUGUGGCUUCACCUCCGCGUUUGGCGCAUCACACAGCGCAGAGGACUUCCUGGAGAAAAUGGACGUCCUUAUCUCGAGCAUAAUCGAUGGUGCAGACGUUUCCUUGGACAACUUCAACUUGUCUGUAUCGAGACGAUCAGACGCAAUCACUAAGGAAUCCCGAUGGGACGAGGCGUCAUGGUCGGAGAUUGAUACGAAGAUCCGUGAGCUCGUCGCCAGCUUCUGUGGUCUAGGCCUAGAGACCGUUUCCAAGUCAGCUUCAUUCCUCAGUCUCGGUAUUGAUUCAGUUACCGCUAUUCAGUUUGCGCGCAAGCUGCGUGAAUGCGGGAUUCAGGUUUCAUCAGCUGAUAUCAUGCGUUUCUCUUGCGUCGGAGCGUUGUCUGCUCACAUUGAAGACACGCGUGCUGAAUCCAAGAUCAACAUCAAUGGCGUCACGGAGACGAAUGGUAUCAAGAGCCUUGAUGAAUACCGGGAUAAGAUACCUCUUCUAGCACCCGAAGAUUCUAUCUCGACCGUCUUUGAAUGCGCACCGCUACAAGCAGGCAUGAUCACUCAGACACUGGCUUCUUCCGGUGAAGUGUAUGUCCACCCGCACAUUGUCCAGCUUUCCGAUACGACAGAUAUUGAGAAGCUUCGACACGCCUACGCUGAAGUGGUCUCUUCAAAUGAUAUCCUGCGCACAUCAUUCCACUCUAUGCAGGAGCUUGGCUUCUCAUGGAUCGGCGCAGUCCACAGCUCCCCCCCUCUUCUAUGGGAGGAGAUUAACUUAUCUUCAGACCUCAAUAUCGCUGCUGAAGUGACGAGCCGUUUCCGGUUGCAAGAUGAAGCUUCCUUCCAAUCCCCACCGCUGCGCGCAUUUGUGCUUAAGACCGCGGACAAGAUAUACCUGGCUAUAGCCAUGCACCACGCGCUGUACGACGGUGUCUCGUUGCCGUACAUCUUCGAGGAUCUCGCAAGCAUCUACCAAGGAUCAGUACCUCCAGCAAGACCUCAGUUCACAGAGGUGGUCGGACAUAUCUUGGAAGGUCAAGAAGAAGCAUCCAGGUUCUGGACCCAGAGACUGCGUGGCUAUGAUGUCUUCGAAAUCCCACCGCUGCCCGAAACCGAAUCAUCAGAAAAGAUGUACCUCGCAGAACGGCGCGUCGACCUUGAUCUGUCGAUGAUCAUUGAAGCCUGCAAGAACCUGGAAGUUACCGUCCAGACAGUAUCUCUCCUGGCAUAUGCCAAAGUCCUAGCGUGCUUGACAGGUAAGCGAGACGUCGUUUUCGGACACGUCCUCGCCGGACGUUCUCUUCCUGUUACUGGAGGCGAAAGGACCAUCGGUCCAUUAUUCAACACUGUUGCGGAGCGCGUCACAUUAGAUCCCAAAUUCCUCAGCAACAAGGCAAUAGUGACUCGCCUGCAGCAACUAAACACCGAUGCCCAACAAUACCAGCACGCUUCUCUCCGCACCAUUCAAAGCUCCCUGCGCCAGUCUGAUGAUCUAAAGACUGCGUCCAUCUUCGACAAUCUGUUCGUCUUCCAGAAGACUGCCGACCUAGAGCCUGGAGUUCUCGACGAACAGCAAAUCUGGCAACCAUACGUGACAGAAGACACCGGCGCACAAGCUGAGCACAAACUGAACGUCGAAGUCGACCAUACUCGAGACGGCGUCAUAAUCCGAGCAUCUUGCAAAGGACAGUACAUAUCUCAGGAGACGCUCCGCUCUCUUCUCAGGGACUUCGAGCUCGCGUUCAAAGACAUCAUCGAACACCCAAAUCGCUGCGCAACGAUCAUUCCUGAGAAGCUCCAGCAGCUACCACUUCAACUGACCGACGGCAACAAGUCCACAGACGAGUCGACUCACCAGGAUCCCAACAUCCCCGCACACGAGGACACCGUCCGGCAAAUCCUGGCUGAAAUCGCAAGCGUGCCCCCAGGAGUCAUCACGCCCACCACCAGCAUCUUCAGCAUCGGACUGGACUCUAUCGCUGCAAUCCGCAUCGCUGCCACUUGUCGCGCCAAGGGCCUCAAGGCAGGCGUUGCUGAUAUUCUCCAAGGAAACACUCUUCGUGGCAUCAGCAUGCGCGUCUCAGACGAAGCCUCUUCGCCAUCCUCCCAGGAAGAGAGGAACAACGACUCAGCCAAGAAGACGAAGAAACCGCUCCUUCCCAACUACGAGCAGGUCCAGGAGACAGUGACGCGACAACUCGGCAUUCCUGCCGAUGCCAUCGAGACUAUACUCCCCUGUCUAAGCGGGCAGAUGUACCAUCUCGUCAGCUGGUUGAAAUCCGGCCGUACGCUCUUUGAACCGGCAUGGACGUAUUCCAGUCGUGAAAGACUAGAUGCGGACAAACUGAAGCAAGCAUGGUUCAAGCUCCGACAGAGACAUCCUAUCCUGCGCACAUGCUUCGCGGCUCUCUCGCCAGCUGACGCUGUCCAGGUUGUCUUGAAAGAAGCACAUCGCAACGGUAACGGGGAAGACGAAACGUUCGAAUUGAUCGAUGCCUCUUCCAAGGCCGUCGUCGAAGCAGCGCAAACUCAAGCAAGAGAAGAAGCGCUCCAUCCCUCCUCGCUAAAAACACCACCCGUACGACUCCGUCUCGUGAGGGCGUCUGAUCAAGAUGCAAUCCUCCUCCUCGUCAACCACGCCGCAUACGAUGCAUGGACCAUGCCUCAAUUCGUUAACGAACUCGCAGAGCUGUAUCAGAACCUCGAGCCAACUUCGAACCCGGACUUCCCAUCCUUCGUCGAAUACUCGAUCGAUUCUCUGCAGAGUCUUGAUCAGGAGAAAUACUGGAUCUCAGCCCUCGCAGACGGCACGCCUACAAUUCUCUCCAGUGAAACAGACCCGUCAGAUAAGCAGCAGCAGCAGCGACCAUCUCAACUCUUCGUCGGAGCCUGGGACACGAUCCACAAUGUCUCCAGCCUCGACAAGACUGUCCGUGCAGCAGGAAUGGGUCUCCAAACCAUCGUGCUUCUCGCGGUGGCCCGCACCCUCGCGCGCCACACCCAAACCGCGAACCCGACGUUUGGUCUCUACCAGACUGGUCGCUCGGCCUCGUUCACAGACAUCGAGCGCCUCUCUGGACCCUGUUUGAACGUCACACCUUUCACCGUAAAGAAUGCCCUCGAUGCACCAUCUGACUCACACGCAGGAGCGGAAGCGGAAGCAGAAAUAUGCAUCAAUGCAGCGCGCACUAUCCAAUCCACCCUCGCAGAGCGCGUCCCCUACGAGCAGUCGUCUCUACGAGAUAUCCUCCGCUGGACAGGCCACGGCAGUAAAGAUGCCCCGUUGUUCAAUGCCUGGGUCAAUCUCCUCUGGGCUCAGCCCAGUGAUCCCACAGACUCCUCGUCGCUCUUCAGCCCUCUCCCUAUCGGGGUGCCAACAGAUUUUAUGCCCUCGCAUCCUCUUCCCGGCAGCACGUCAGUCGACCUGCUUGACACAACCUUCUUGCCUGACGAGGGCUUCUACAUCGAUAUCGGACCAGAUCCGCGCAAAGACACGAUCGGAUUCGGUGUCCGAGUCGAGGGUGGGAUCAUGGAUGAGAGUGAGGUGAGAACGUUCAUUGAUGCGGUGGCUACUGAGGUGGAGAGUAUCGCUCAAAGUCUCGCACGGCCCGUAAAAUGA